AUGUCCCUCCGAGACUAUCAAGAAGACGCGGUUAAUUCAGUUCUUAACGCAAUAGACGACGGAUUCAGACGUAUAGCAGUGGUUAUAGCUACAGGAGGAGGUAAAACCGUGGUAUUCUCGCACUUGAUCCCCCUUUUAAAACCAUCAUCCCCCGAACGAGGAAACAAAACAUUGGUGCUAGUACACACCCAAGAACUCGUGGCGCAAGCCACUCAUAAGAUUCGGGCAAUUAAUCCUAAUUUAAAAGUAGAGAUAGAAAUGAGAAACUUACGCGCAAGCCCUGAGGCCGAUAUUGUGGUAGCUUCUGUUCCAUCAUUAGCCCGAAAGGAAAGGUUGCAAAGAUUUGAUCCUAUGGAGUACAAGACGAUUAUUGUCGAUGAAUGCCAUCAUGCACUCGCUGCGUCUUGGAAGAAGAUCUUGAUGCAUUUCCAGGCAAACACCAAUGAACUGGAAGUUUAUGUGGUUGGAUUCACAGCCACUCUUAAAAGAGGUGAUCUGGCAGCACUUGGUUCCGUGUUUGAUACUAUUGCAUAUGAAAGAUCGCUUGAAACCAUGAUCAGAAAUAAUGAGUUGGCCGAUGUAGAUGUUUCCCAAAUUCGAACAAAUUUAUCCGGGGUACGCAUCAGACGUGGUGAUUACGAUCAAAAAGAAUUAUCCAAGCAGAUGCAAGCCAACGUGCAAGACAUAAGCGUUGCAUAUCUAGAAUUGCAACUGCUUGGUUAUAAACGAACAUUAAUGUUUUGCGUGGAUGUUAUUAAUUGUAUUCUCAUUUGCGAGUAUUUACAAAAACUAGGUGUCAAUGCUCAAUAUGUUACAGGCGAGACUGAUAAAACUGAAAGACAAAUGAUUAUAGAAGAUUUCAUGAAUGGGGAGAUACAAGUUUUAUGUAACGUAAUGGUAUUCACUGAAGGAACUGAUAUCCCCGCCAUUGACUCUAUUAUACUUGCGAGACCAACAUUGUCAGAAACCUUAAAAACACAAAUGAUUGGAAGAGGAUUAAGACUUUAUGAAGGGAAAACUCGGUGUCAUAUAGUCGAUCUAGUUGAUGCUACUAAACACGGAAUAUCCGUAGAAUCUACUCUUAAUGAUCGAGGGGAAACUAAGGAAGUUUCAGGAGGAGGUAAUGAUCUAAAAGAAAAGCCGAGACCUGAGGUUUCUGAGGAACUUUUAGAGCGAAUCAGGCAGUUCUUUAAAGAACACAUGUACGAUUUUGAAACACGUCAUGGUAUAGAAAAUGUUGUGAAAAUAACAGACGAUGCAUUUGAAGAUGACCAAGUAGUAGCACAGUUCUUGAAGGAGAGUAAAGGCUAUUGGAUGAGACUUGAAGAAGAUGUUUGGGGAGUUCCAUUAUUAGGGCUUAGAUUUGCUCUUCUUGAGCGUGAAAGGAGACUGCGAACGGUAAAAUUCGAGAUAUCAGUUUAUGAAUCGGUUAAAUAUAAUAGAAACGACAGAGAA